UUACUAAUGGAUUGGGAAGUGCUUUGUGAUAUGACAUGGUACAUCAUUCUCCUCAAGACAGAAACUUAGUAUUUAUUCAACACUUAGGCUUCUUUGACUCUAGAGUUUGCAGGUGCAAAAUUCCUCACUGAACUGGAAAAUCAUUUUUGACAAAGCCCCAAAACUAGAAUGGCUUAGAUAGGUGAGGAGGAGAAGACCUCAAGCAGGAAAGGAUCCUGCACGUAGAACGAAUAACACAUGGGGUUUGCUAUGAGACCAGAUGGCUGAAUGCAAAGCUGAAAGGUGGGAAUGCUGGCACAGCCCUGCCAUGAAGAAAUGGGUGCAAUGAAAUAUAAAAUCUUUAUUUUAAAAGAUCAUGUAAAAAAUGCUAUUCCUGUAGACAACCACUGUACAUCAAAUGUUUGUAGGAGAUGGCCUAAUCAAUAGUGUCAAUUCAAAGUGCACAAAGGAGGGAGAGAACAGACGGAGUGGAGAUCAGAGAGAAGACGAUCAAUGACAAAUCAGAAAUCAGCACCCGCAGCGCUUCUGAAACAAGUCAAACUCAGCAGGGAAACUACAGAGGAGGGUCCACAGGGAGUAAAGCAUCCUUUCACCAAGCUUUUGCCAUGAUGUUUCAGCAGCUGAAGGAUGAUCCAGUCCAGAAGCAUAAGGACAAUCAGAGGAAGACCCAAGACCAUGUGCACCAUUCCUAGGUAGGACAGAAGCCAGGUAACUGUGCUAACAUGUUAUCAGGCAUAUUAGCUAGAGCACCAUGCUAAGCAAAUGAGGCUGGAGAGCUUUGGGACCACAGGUGCUUGCAUCCCACCAGCUUGGAAUGCGUGCACAUCUGUAGUUGUGUCUUAGGACCAAAUUCGUCUUGUGUGUCAAGACUGACAUGGUUGAUACACUCUGUGAACUCACUUUGGUAGAGUGACUUACAAAAGGCAGAGGUUGCUUCUUGGAAGAUCAGCCUGGUAGUGAUGGAUUAUCACUGUGCUAGAGAGCACAAGGUGAGUAACAACUGGGAUAAGGUCUGAGCAUCUUUUAAGUGCCAGACCUGAUCCAACAACUUUGUGUGGUCACCUUUGGCUUCUCUCACCACUUCAUGCCCUCUCAUCCUUGUAAUGUUUUCACCUGCCUGUACAAAUGUUCCCUAGCUGGCCACAGGAGAUUCAAGAUAAACCUGGCAAUGUCUAGUAGCAAGUUGAAGUCAAAAGGAGUUUUCAUUUUAUUCUGCUACUGAAUCCUCUCCCACACAUUGCACCUUCUCCCUCUGCCUAUCCCUCUUCUCUUAGCCCAGAUCCCCAAGGUUGGUAGUGCUGCCCUGUUCUCUCCACAGUUGUGGUGGCAGCCAGCAAGCUCUGCAGCUUGCCUUAAUCAUUUUAUGGAGAAGAUUAUUCCCUCCUGCAUUGCUUUUGAUUCUUGUUAUGCAACUGUAUUUCGUGACUUGCUUUGCUACUGAGCUGUGCCACACCAUGGCCUGAGGGGAUAGCUUGAGAAGACUGCUGGGAGCAUUGCAUGAGUUCUGAUCCCACCUGAGGAUGGGGAUGGGAGUCUGGGAAAAACAGGAGCUGUCAUGGUCUGAGGUUUUCAGACUGGGGACAAGGGGAAAGAAGGGGAUUAGGCAAGCCCAGGAGUCUAUAUAAAAAGUGAGCAGGGAGCCUGAGGCAGCUAGAUCAGAGUGUCAUUAUGCAUGAAGACUCACAGGUGUAGAAUUGGAAAUGAGCACAAAUUCAAAGGGGAAUAUGGGUUUGUUAGUGCAGCAGCUGGGAUGAAAAUUGAUGAUGCCACAGCAGCACAUGCAAAGCAGUUGUUCCUGGGCCAGGCGGAUAGGGCCUCUCUGGGCAGGAAGGAUUGUUCUCCAGGUGCUGUGAACCCUGACUUCAGUGCUGGGGACUGGCAUUUGUGAGCUUAUUCUUAGUUCUGUCACACGGUUUUAUGAGAUCGGGCAAGUUUCUUUCCAUGUGGGAAAACUGAGACAGAGAACAAGUGAAGCUGACACUUGGCAAGGGCAGUUAGGAGUGUUGGUACUGUAACUUGAAGGGGCUAUAGAUUACAAUAACGAGACUCACUGCAAACUAAAAACAUAAAUUUGUGUUCUCCUAAAGCACAAAAGAGUGUUACCAUCCUCGUUGCAUGUCAGUGAGUUUCUCCAGAAACUCCCCUUUCUCCAAGUAGUCUACAGAUGAUUUUGGAGCAGUCUGUGCUGCUGACUCAGUUGUUUUUCACUCAUGAGAGUUCUAGGGAUGGUCUUGUAGAAAUCCAAGAACAGCUCAGAAAAGAGCUGAGCUGCCAGGUUAGGUGCAUGAAGCCAAGGGAGCUGGAAAGCAUUGCAGGAAACCCUCCCACCAUGGAAACAUUUGCUGUGGUCAACCUCUUGCUGAGAUUCUCAUGCUUGAAGGCUCACAAAACAUUUGGAACAAGAAGGGAGGUUUCCUUGUUUGUUUUUCCUUGUACUUUAAAUCCUCUCUGGACUCCACUUGUGCUCUCAGAACCUCAGUGCUCUGACAGCAGGAGAAACUCCACUGACAGCCACGUAGCUGCACGGGAGAAGCUGCUUUGCACACAGGGAAGAGCACCGUGUCUCCCAAACCCUUGCUCUUUCAAGUCAUGUGAAUGGUGGUUCAUAUGUUUCUUACCCCUGUCUCCCACAUCAAGUCCCUCCUUGCAGCUCCUUCCUCCUGUGCUGGAAGACCUGUGCUGUACAGGUUAAAAAAUCCUGGCUUUAUUAAGGGAGGGAACAUGUACCAGUGCCAAAAGGCAGCAAAGGGAUGGAUUCACUGUUCAGAGAGUCAGGGAAGGUGGGGAAACUGCUCCUGAAUGUAUCCAGCCCAGAAGGAGCUGUUGCUGGGGGAGGCAGGGAAGAAAUUAAGAGUUUUUAGACUCUGCUGAGUGUCAUACCAGCGUGAGGUUUGGGUGCCAACAGGCGAGUAUGGCCAGCGCAUUGCCCCUUUCAUUAGCUGGGGUACCUGUAUUUCUCAUGAAAGGAAGGCAUGUCAUGCUGAGCACUCUCAUUGCUGCCAUUAUGUCUGGGGUGCUCUGACACUUGAACCUUGUCUGCGUGCGCUCAGCAUGCAGCCACCAUCUGCAGCACAGAGGGAAGGUGCAGGGGGGAAGGCUUGGGACAAGAUUCACCGUUUUCUCUUGCUGUCAUGGCUUCCCUGCUAUUGUCUGAGACACCCUUGCCAUCAGGAACAAUGGCUGAACCUGUACUUUGUUGUUGCCCUGGGGCAGGGUAGCUGAUAUGGUGCCUAUGUGGAUACCAGGAAAGGUGUCCUACAUCCCAACUAAUCUUCAGGAGCUGAUCGCUCUUAACUGCAACAACUUGUUUUUGUGAUAUUUCUCUUCCUCCACUAUCAGCCAGGUCUGAAUGUACUCAAAAUGUUGCUAGGCAAAUACUCAGCCUUGUUUGCUGCUCUGACUUCACAUAUGUGCGUCAACUCUACUCCUCAAUAUCCUGUGACCUGGGAUGACUCUCCAGGAUGGAGAUGAAAGGAUGACUCCUUUCCAGUGCCCCAGCAGCACACCGUUGCCUAUCUGUUCUUCUACCCUUUCUUGUUAGCAGGGCCAGGCUGUACUGUCCAGCAGGCUCUGGUGAAGCUCCACAGCUGUGUGGUUGACAACUGGCUGAAAUGUCAGAGUACCUUGUGCAGAUGACACAAGAUGACACUUCAUGCUCUUUGCUGGCCCGCUCGAUCAGCUGCAAGAUAGAUAAAGGUUAAUGUUUGUGUUGGCACUACUGGGCCAGCAUUUGUCCUGCUCGGAUUAACCCGGUAUUUCCCACUGCUUUCCUAGCUGCCCUUUCAGGCUCCUUGCAGUUUCAGUGGUUAUCAUCACAGUGAUUUAUCAUCACUGCCCAGUGAGAAUGUUCCCUUUGCAACCACACAGCUAAGACGCUGUUUUUAGUGGGAACUUGUCCUGGACCAGAAGAUGGUGGCCAGCAGCAGGAAGCACUGCAGGCUGGCAGUUUGUGUGUUUUGACUCCCCAGCUAUGAGAUGGCCCUUCAUCUCAUGCCUUUUCUUCAUUAUUGAAUGCUUUCAAUUUAUCCCCUGUUCUCUAAGAAUACAGACGUGUAGAGAUGGUAUGCUUUUUGGGGUUUUCUUAGUAUGAAAGGUAAAAUGCUGUAUUUCUAAGAGGAGUCAUGAUUUAGCAGAAGCCAUUUGCAUUUUCCCAGGACUUGGAACCUUUGACAUUAAUUCAGUCUUUUCUAGCAGUGGCAUUUAACACACAGUAUACUUGUGACAUCAUUUGUUUUCUGGCUCAGUGAUCUGACAGUUCAAUGUUUUUGUGAGCUUGUUGGACUCUUCCUUCAAGAGCCCAGCUUUAGGACAGGGUUCUUCAGCCUCCUCUAACCCUUGUGGAGCUUUUCCUAUGCAGCAUCUUGUCUGGUCUGCACUGAGAAUGCGAGGUCUCAAAAUCCUGAGGAAACAGGUAAUUUAUUCUGGCACUUGCAGAGCCAUCUCGGGUGGCUUACUGCUGUCACUGCAGUCAGUGCUGUCACUCUAGCUCUAUAGGAGAAAGGCCCCUGGGAGACAAGCUGGGGUUGAUAAUGUACCAUUGUGCCUUUGAACUUGUCUCCUCCCAGGGAUUAUUUUCAGUACUCCUUUAUGCCUACACUGAGUCAAUAUUUUCUUGGGUUGUGUUAGAGGCUUUUGUCUUCUCUCCUGAUUACAAGAAAUAAGUCUGAUGUACAGAACCAGAACCUGUAACAAGAUCAGCACAGUUGUUAUUUUUGUGCAGACUGCAAUGGUUUCAGUAAUAUUUGUGCUUCUGUAUUGCUUGCAUCCUUCUGAAAACCUUAACUUUCCUGAUUUCUGUUGUACUGCUUGAGACCUCAUUUGCCCCUUCUUGCUUUGUUUCCUCUGUGCUGCCUACAUCCUGGGGCCAAAUUAAGCAGUGUCUGAACAAGAAAGAGAAUCUGUGCAUCCUGAACGCAAUUGACAAAGAUGAUAUGUCUUCCGAUCUGUUAUUAACAACUUUGUCUGGUUUAGCUGUCUUAAUUAGCCUCAAAUUAAAUUCGCACUUUGCAGUGUCUAGACUGCGUCUGCCUAUGGAAAUAGCAGGUGGCUGCGUGGCAUCCAGAGUCUCAGUGGAAGUGGCCAAGAGCAAGAGGAUGGCGGAGCAUCGCUGAGGCCCUCCCAAGCAAAGUUACGCUCAGAAGGAGCUGUGCUGAAUGGUGAGGGAAGUGUCCGGGUCCCGGUGGUUCCCUCGCUGGCACGGCUCUGCGGUGCUGCUUCGCCCGUAAAAUCAGGUCGACGGGAAAUGUCAACCGUGAAUGAGCCGAACUUUCUGUUCUGCCCUGCGGACCCGGGGUUGUUUGACUUGGAUCCUGACCUGUUGCCCCUUUUCCAGUACAACUACAAGCAGUUUGCCAGCCCUCAGGAGUGCCUCUCUGCCCCUGAGUUCCUGGAUCACAUUAGGAAGGUGAUGCUGGUGAUUGAUGCUGCUGUGAGCCACCUGGAGAACUUGUCUUGCCUGGAAGAGUAUCUCUGCAACCUUGGCAAGAAGCACCAGGCAGUUGGUGUGAAGACCGAGUCUUUCUCGACUGUUGGCGAGUCCUUGCUGUACAUGCUGGAGAAAUGCCUUGGCACUGCCUUCAGCCCAGAGGUGCAGGAGGCUUGGAGCAAACUCUACAGUGCUGUGGUGACAGCCAUGCAGCGUGGCUGGGACACCCACCCAGAAGGGGACUAGAUCUUGCCAGCCAUCCUCAUCCCUGACCAUGCAGCAGUCCUGAGCACAGGGAGCACUCACACCACACUCUCUGCCUCUCUGCACUGUCUCUCUCUGUGCACCAGCCCAUUGCUGUCUCCACUAGUCACAUAUGCUUUGGGGCUCUCACACUGAUUCAACCUUGCUUCAACACAUCUCUGCCUUUGCUAAGGGCUGGCAGGGUACGUCCCUGAAGUGAAACCUGGAUGUGCAGCAGCACAGGUAUGCCACCCUGCCCCAAGUUCCUCUGGGCUAGUUGGAGCACCAACACCCAUGUACCUAUUCUGGUUUUUAGCUGGCUCAUCUUCCUUCCUCUGACUACCCACCCUAGUUAGGUGACAGCUGGCAUAGGCCUCUUGGGCUUAUUUGCCCGAGGUCCUAUUUGCUGUGCCUGUACUUGCCAGGUCUGGCACUGCUCACUCCUCCUGCGCUGCUGUGUCUGGUCCAGCUGUGGCAGUGAUGGAUUUGGCUCCCUCCGGGAGCAGGGGCAGGGGCAGCAGAGGUGAGGGCUGGUCACACCAUGGGGCUUUUCCCCCUUUCCCUUCAUCAACACAUCACUAACAUGGUUAAUCCUGGUGCUCUCUUCAGUCUUGCCUCUGCCCUAGAUGGGAUCCAUGGUUUUCCCUGUGUCAGGUUGGCCACAACUCAGUAGGUUUCCUAGGGAUGAUUCAAGUAGUGGUGUCACAUUAGUCUGGGCUGCCAGCUGAAAGGCUUUGUGUUGGUUUGGCCAGUUGGUUUAACCUUAGAGCCACCUGAAAUGCAGCAGCAGUGUCUGUUUACUGCUUUGUGAUGAGGAGAAUAAAAUAAAUACAAGGCAAAGAUGUCUUAAAAUAAAAAUGAAGGUUGCAAUCAUGUCAUGGCAACAGCUUCCAGAAAUUCUGGCUCUUGGCCAGAGGAAGCAUAGCUGGAAUCUUUCUGCUGAUGCUGUCAGAACCUGGAGUGCUUCCCAGCUGCACACAGUAUCCAUGUGCAGAGUUCCUCUCCCUCACAGGAAUGAGAAGAUAGCAUCUGCCAGAAGAAAUCCCAGAAAAUGGCUGAGAAGCAGUACCUGAGGACUCUGGAGGAAGCUGAGCUUGAGCACUUUAAGGAAGUGUUCAUCUUUAUAUGGAAGUCACUGUGGAACAGGCAGAACCAUGUUUCUAGCCAUCACUAGCCCCAGAGCAAGUUUCGGUUACAGGGGGAUGGACAGGAGGAGUCUGGUGUUGAGGGCUGAGAUGGUCCUGUUCUGAAGACACAUUCCUCCAAUACUCAGAUGUCCUCCAGGCUGGGGCAGGAGAAGGCUCCCAAGCCCAUGCCAUGGAGGUAAUGAUGGGUCUCUGAUUUUCUGAUACCAGGCCUGAUAGUAGCCAUGGGCUUCCAGCAAGCAAAGAGCCUUCCAGCUGUGUUUGGUAGGCAAACUGAGAGGUAUUGUAGAUCAGGCAGUGAACAUCCCCAUGUUCAUUGUUCUCCCCAUGGUACCAUGUUCUACCUCUGCAGUGCUACAGUGUGGUGCUGUGCAUUCUGGCCUCUGGCUCUCUCCAUCUGCUGGAUGAGGCGAAGUCCUCCCCAUUCUUGCACCCAGCAAUGAGGGACGGAGGACCCAGGCCUGGAGGGAGGCACUAGCUGUGAUGGCAUGAUAUGGGGUAGGAGGGUUUGGGAAUGCGAAUGUCCCCUUUGCAACCCUGUUCUGGGGCAUCAGCCUUCAGCAUCAUGGGAGUGUGACACCUUCUGGCUCUGUGUGACACGUAGGCAGCUGUGUGAUGGGUGGGAUGUGGAUGUUACUGCCCCAAAACAUCCCUGCUCCCUCUAGCUUUCCCAGCUCCUUGACUUCUCCUUUUCUGUGCCACAUUUUGUGUAACUCCCAAGAGAACUGAACUAGUCUGUGUGCCUCUUAUACCCAGCUGUACUGUUUAAUAAAGAACAAGAGUGAAUCUUA